CAGUCAGUAGGAGGCUCGGCUCUUAUUGAAAAUAAAAACAGUGAGAUGCAGGUUUGAGCAAUAGGAAAGGCACUUAAUGAGAGAUGACACAAUACUAUUUGCAUUGCUGGGCUACUCCCACUCUGAAUGACAUAAAGUACACAAGCAAAGAUACUAUCCUCCUAUACAGCGACUGUGCUGGCAGCUGAUGCCCGAGCCGGAUUCCAACUUGGUGCCACCAUGAGUUUUAACUCUAAUUUCCACUUCUCCUCCUCCUCCUUCAGUGAAACUUUCUCCAAAGUCAGAAUCUCAUCCAGCUCCUCCAGUAGCCACAGCGGGAGCAAUGGAAGCCGGACCUGUAUCUCCAAGCCGAACCCAUUUCCCUCCAGUCCAGGAACCUUCGACUGUACCAUGGAUUUUAGGGAAACCCUGAGCGCCCCAAAUGGCAAGGAGACCAUGCAGAACUUGAACGACCGGUUGGCCUCCUACUUGGAGAAGGUCCGCUCCUUGGAAGAGGCCAACACCGGCCUGGAGAGUAAAAUCCAGCUGUGGCACCGGAACAGGGCUCAGAACCACAAACGGGAUUAUAGCGUGUACGAGAAGACCAUCGGCGAGCUGCAAUCCCAGCUUGUAGAUGGACACAUGAAUGGAGCAAAGAUAAAACUACAGAUGGAAAAUGCAAAAUUAGCUUUCGAUGCCUUCAAACGCAAGUAUGAAACAGAGAAAACUAUCCGUACAGCCCUGGAAGGUGACUUGGAAAGCCUGCGCAGAGCAAUGGACAAUCUCACCAUUGUACGGACAGAUCUAGAGAUGGAAGUCGAAGGAAUGAGAAAAGAACUUAUCUACAUGCGGAUGGGCCACGAAGAGGAUAUAAAGCUCGCCCAGUUUCAGAAGAAAGGCGCCUCAGUAGAUGUGAAAAUUGAUGCACCCCCAUCAGUAGAUCUGGCCAAGACCAUAGCAGAAAUAAGAAAGGAGUAUGAAACACUCAUUGAGAAGAACCGUAGGGAGGCUUCAGAAUGGUACAGUCAUCAGUCAUCAUCUGUACAGCAGGAGGUGAACUCUAACACGGAGGCCUUGCAGAACAGCAGGAACCAGAUCAAGGAUCUGAAACGCACCCUGCAGACCCUGGAGAUUGAACUGCAAGGGGAGAUCAGAAGGAAACACGGACUUGAAGGCACAUUAGCCGAGACAGAGGCCAACGCUGCAGGGCAGCUCCAGAAGAUCCAGGCAACGAUAUGCAGAAUGGAGGCCGAGCUGAGCAACGUGAGGGGAGAGCUGGAACGGCAGAACAUCGAGUACCGGGCCCUUCUGGAUGUCAAGACUCGACUUGAGAACGAAAUUGCUACUUACAGGGAACUGCUGGAAGGAGACAAGACGGGGGGAAGAUCCAGGAAUUCAGAAGGUGGUGGCAAAAUCACGACAAUAGUGCAAGAUAUGGUUAAUGGACGGGUGAUAUCCUCCAAAGUGUCUGAAAUACCCAAGAAGCUGUGAAGACCAGAGCCAACGCUAAAGGACUGGGAACGAAAAAAAACAAAUAUGAAGAAGACUCUUCCCAGCGUGCCAAAGCUAUAUUCUGUUUACAUAUGCUAAAAUGUGUUAUUGUACACUUGGGGGAAUAUAGAUGGGGUAUCUGCCUUUAUACUGUAUAACUGAGGGGAGCUACAGACCUACAGCCAUAGUUAUCAACUGAAUGCACUGCUGGACUCUAUAGGGUUGGUAACCGUAGCACUCCUGGUGUGCAGUAAGUCAGGCAGACAUUGUAGUAAAGCCUCUCCCUAUAUAAAAGGGGGUAUAUGCGGUUAGAAAGAAUGGAGAGAUCUCCAUAGGGGGUUGUAAUGAUUUUAAGCACUAAUGACAUUUAUGGGGUAAUGUAAUAUGAAGUCUAAAGUUUGCCCGUAUCUAUUCACCCAUAACAACCAAUCGGAGGUGUGUUUUUUUAACCAGUGGAUAAGAAAUCCAGUGGGUGAUACGGAACAUUGUGUUUGGGGGUAUAAACUAGCCCCUGUCCUUAACCUCUGCCUUUGGGCACCUACAGUAUGUGCCUUCCCUCCUCCACCCAUCACGAAUACAGCUCCACCGAAAACAAGCAGUGCUGUAUUCACGGGGACGGCUGCCGGUCUUGUUUUUUGCCCUUUGCAACCUAUUUAUACAUAGUAUGAAAUAACAGAUGAAUAAAAUCCAUUACCUUUACUGGGUGUGGGUUAGGAUAUAUAUAUAUAUAUAUAUAUAUAAAAGAAACAAAGGAGCACUCCCUACAUACAAUCAACUGCCCCAGGU